UCACCUAAUCCACACUUAAUGCCGAAGCUUUCUCUCUCAUCCUUCAUCACAAUUUUACGCGUCUCUCUCUCUCUCUCCGCAUACAAUUUCAUGUUCCUCAGACUUUCAAGAUCCCAACUUCGCUGUAGAUUCCUUGUCGGACCCACCACCAAUUCAAUAUCUUUUUAGUUCCCAGCUCUCUUUCUUUCUCUGUUGACUUGAUUUUUUUGGCGUUGAUUGGUUAGAGCCCUGAUAUUCUUGUUAUUCAGCUUGGGAUAGCUCAAAAAGGGGGAAUCUUGGCUUCUUUUUUUGGUUUUUGAUUGGGAAUCAGGAAUGGCAAUUGAGAACCUUGAUAAACAUGAUUUCAUCAAGGAUUUUCUCAUCCCGGGCUCGUUGCUCGAGCAAGACACGGAGAUCCAACGCUUGCCUUCUAAGCCCGGACACCCUGUUCUCGUGUUUAUCAACUCGAAAAGUGGUGGUCAGCUUGGAGGAGAGCUUAUUGUCACGUAUAGAUCCAUACUAAACAAAGAGCAGGUUAUUGAUUUAGGGGAAGAAGCUCCUGAUAGGGUGAUUCGAAAGGUUUUUAUCAAUCUCGAAAGGCUGAAGAAGCAAGGGGAUGAGAAUGCUUUUUGGAUUGAGGAUAAAUUGAGGCUAAUUGUAGCUGGUGGAGAUGGCACGGCCGGAUGGAUUCUUGGGGUUGUUUCUGAUCUCAAACUAUCUCACCCGCCACCUAUCGCUACUAUGCCUUUGGGAACUGGAAACAAUCUGCCAUUUGCAUUUGGUUGGGGUAAAAAAAAUCCGGGUACUGAUCGUGGCUCUGUGCUUUCGUUCAUGGAUAAAGUACGGGGAGCAGACGAAAUGAAGAUGGACAGUUGGCACAUUAUGAUGCGAAUGAAAGCAAUACAAGGUUGUGCUCCGGUUGCUCCUCCUGAGUUGCCACAAUCGUUGCAUUCAUUUCAUCCCGUUUCUUCAACAGAUGACCUCAAUGUGGAAGGUUAUGAUACGUAUCGUGGAGGGUUCUGGAACUACUUCAGCAUGGGAAUGGAUGCUCAGGUUUCUUAUGCUUUCCACAACGAGCGCAAGAGGAACCCGGAAAAAUUCAAAAACCAGCUUGUGAAUCAGAGUACAUAUGCUAAGCUAGUAAGCACACAAGGAUGGUUUUUGCCUUCUCAUUUGAACCAUGCUGCAAGUAUCUCUCAACUUUGUAAGGUUAAGAUCAUGAAAAAGGGUGGUUCUGAUUGGGAAGACCUUAAAAUUCCUCACAGCGUCAGAUCAAUCGUGUGCCUCAAUUUACCCAGCUUUUCUGGAGGACUAAAUCCGUGGGGAAAUCCGAAUAGUCAUAAACGUCGUAAUAGAGACUUAACCCCGCCUUGCGUAGAUGAUGGCCUUCUUGAGAUUGUUGGCUUCAGAAACGCUUGGCACGGGCUUGUUUUGCUCGCUCCAAAUGGACACGGGACUCGUCUUGCACAGGCACACCGUAUCAAAUUCGAGUUCCAUAAAGGUUCAGCUAAAGAAACGUACAUGAGAAUCGAUGGAGAGCCGUGGAAACAGCCUCUUCCAGAGAACGAUGAGACGGUUGUGGUGGAAAUCUCUCAUCUUCGCCAAGUCAAGAUGCUUGCCAUCGAUGGUUGUAGAGCCGGGAGUGUUUCAGGCUCCCCGCCUCCGGAAGGUCACGACGUCGAUGAUAAGGAUAGUGAGAAGGAAGAUGAGGAAGUGAAGAAGAAGUUUGGUGCAGCAGACACUUUCAAGUUCCCAGAAGGGUUUCAUAUCUCCCAUUUCAGUUGAUAAUGUAAUUAAUCUUUGGUAAUAUCUGAUUAUUUUGGUAGUUUGUUUCUUCCCAAGCAUCAUAUUAAGACAUGGAGUGCUAUUUAUUGGGGCAAUUACAUUGUAGUGUUGUGUACAUUAGAUUAGGAUAUAUUGAUUGAUUGUGAAAUAUGUAAUAUAUUUUAUUGGGAAUAUUAUAGUUUAAGACUUUAAGAGUAAUGUAAUGUUAUGUACCUUAUGUUGUCUGUAAACACUAUUCUUGUUUAUUGUUGUUUAUUUUAUUUUAUACAUUUGGUUUAAUUUCAA